UAAUGUUUUUUCUUUGUUUCAGGACAGCUGGAGUUAAAGGUAGUGUAAAAAUCAAUGGAAAGCCUCGAGAUAUGAGAAUCUUCACUAAGCUUUCGUCGUACAUCAUGCAAGAAGAUCUAGUACAACCGAGGUUAAGUGUCAGAGAAUCAAUGAUGGUAGCAGCAAAUCUUAAACUAAGCGCGUCCAUAGGGCAUUCACAAAAAGUGGCUGUGGUAGAUGAAGUAAUCCAACUUCUUGGUCUAGAAAAUGUUACGAUACCAAAACUGAAUACCUUUCCGGUGGACAAAGAAAACGACUGAGUGUAGCUUUAGAAUUAGUUAAUAACCCUCCUGUAAUAUUUUUAGAUGAGCCAACAACGGGAUUAGAUAAUGUAUCUAUUAAACAAUGUAUAGAUCUUCUUAAGAAAAUAACUAGGCUCGAAAGAACUGUGAUAUGUACAAUCCAUCAGCCACCCGCUUCGCUCUUCCAAAUUUUUGAUCAAGUAUAUAUUAUGGCCAAUGGGUAUUGUGUUUAUAACGGGUCACCAAAUCAAUUAGUACCUUUUAUGUCGUUGGUAAAUUGUGAAUGUCCAGAAACGUCAACUCCAGCUGAUUUUAUUAUAGAAUUAGUCCAAACAAAUCAAGAUAAUAUUCCAAUACUGCAAAGUCAAAUUCAAAACGGUAAAAUAAAUAUGAAAGAUAAAAAGUUAAAACCUCUACAAAGUCACAAGACACUAGGAAUAUAUGAAAUUUACCAGGAAACCACACAGGCAGGUAUGAAUGUCCAUGACAUAGAAUACCCAACAUCUUUCUGGACACAAUUCACCGUGCUUUUAUGUCGCAUGGCUUUACAGUUGAAAAGAAAUAAAUCAAUGUGGGCCAUACAAUUCUUCCAUCACGUCCUUUCAGCUUCGUUAGUCGGUGGAAUAUUUUACCAGAUUGGAAAUGAAGCGAGUCAAGUUCUACCUAUAUUUAAGUAUUGUGUAACGAUUAACGUGUUUUUCGUGUAUACUCAUGUGAUGUCACCAGUGUUACUGUUUCCGAUUGAAGUCAAACUACUAAAACGAGAGUAUUUUAAUCGAUGGUUUAGCUUAAAGCCCUAUUUUCUGGCUAGUACUAUAGUAAACAUUCCAAUGUUGGUUGGUUAUGGAAUGAUAUUCAUAACAAUAGUAUUUUUCAUGACGGGCCAACCAAUAGAAUGGGAACGAUUCUUUAUGUUUACUAUAAUUGCAAUCAACGUCGGAUUUUGUUCUCAGGGAUUAGGCUAUGCAAUUGGUGCCAAUUGUGGUAUACUGAGCGGAUCUGUGGUUGCUCCACACGUUUUAGCUAUUCUCCUGGCGUUGUCCGUGUAUGGAAUGGGCUAUAAAGAUGGAAUAGAACCAAUGAUGAAAGCUUUCAUGUCUUUAAGUUAUGUGCGAUAUGGUCUGGUAGGAAUAUCAUCGACGCUUUUAAACAACAGGUCGGAAAUGGAAUGCAACGACAUAUAUUGUCACUACAAGGAUCCACAAAAGUUAUUAGCUGACAUGGGAAUGAGCAACAAUAUACCAAUCCAUCAGUUUGCUUACAUAUUCGGUUACACUCUCCUGUUCAGAAUCAUAGCAUACUUAUCAUUAAAGUACCGAAUGACUUCUGAACUCAGAAACAAGUUGGUGUACUAUGCAGCAAAAAUUGUCAAACAGAAAGAAACAUGA